AUGUUCCCCUUACGAAACAGUCCGGACGUCACUAAUAACCACGGCAUAACACGCCCAAACCGCCGCUCGGCGACUCGAGGGCCGAUAGACUGGAGGCCCCUGCCGAAACUCGUCGGGGCGGACCACAUUUCCGGGCCAGCGCCACCCAUCUCUGUCACCCUGGUUGACCCGUCUCCGCUGGGUCUGCGGCAGCACUUUACUGAAUUGUCGAUCCCGGACCCGUUGGCGCCGGCCCGUGGCGGUCCCGUGGCCCCCGUAAGACAGGGCCUCGGCGACGGGGUCUCCACAUCUGCGGACCCGUUCCCGAGCAACAUCCCCGGGAAUAUCAUCCGUGGGGUCGGCGGAAUCCAGUUGACAACGGCCAGCAUCCCAAGGGAAGAAGUCCACAGCGAUGACCCAAGCGACCAAGGCCAGCAAAACGAGCACCUGAAUCCUGAAGGCAGGCUCAAGGUGCCCAGAAAGAGGCAGCGCAACAACACGUCAGGCCGGGCGAGUAAGCGGGCCAAGACGAUAACGCUGGCAGCAGUUCAGGGCAAUCUUCCCACGGGGCCUUGCGACUUCUGCCUCAACCACGAAAUAGGCCAGGCCAUGUACACCCGGGAUGGGCAGUGCAACAUUGAAGUAGUGCAGGGCAGCGGCAAGGAAUUGUACCACCUCGAGUGCCAGCACUGCGCCGACUACCGGUUCUUGAACCCGAGGCGCAACAAGUCGCAUGUGUGCGUCGUCGACGGCGACGAGUACACACACAAGCGGUACGGCCUCGAGGCCCCGGAAAUGUACCCGGACCACUCGGCAUGCACGCGAUGCGUCAAGUUUGGGUUUGAGCAGACCUGCGACGCCGACACCAUCCUCGGAUACAAGUGCUCCAACUGUAGACCCGACUACGCCUGCACCGCCGGCGGCUGGGUCUUGCCCCUGAUGCGGCCCAACAAACUUCCCCCCGUGCGGCCGUGGUACCGGCACGCGUGCGACCGGUGCCGCGCUCACGCCCUCGAGGACGGCAAGCUCCAUGACUUCGACAUGUGCUCGUGGCUGGAAAACCGCUCCGAGUGGGAGAACGACACGGCGUGCUCCAGGUGCAUACGCGACGGCAUGUCAUGCAUCGACUCGAGCAACCUUGUCCAGGAGAACCCACCCGUCAAACCUCCCCAAGACUGGUCCAUCGACGAGGGUUACGACAUCAUCUGGAACCUGGUCGACAUCACCAGGCAUACGUCCUGGCGAAAACCCUGCGACGCAUGCAUCCUCAGCAACGUCAAGUGUCAAGUCCAUCUCGCUCGCACUGGUCAUGCCUGCGAGCGCUGUAGCCAGAUCGGUGUCGGUUGCGUCAGCGACUUUGGUACAACACGCGCUUACUGGCCUCUGUACAGCCUAAGUCAAGUCGGCUUUGGUCCGCACAUGCCCUUCGCGGCCUGCAAGAACUGUCGUGUCAACGACCGCGCCUGCGAUCGCCAACGUCCCUGUGACUCGUGCGUCAUCAACGGCGAAAAGACCGAGUGUGAUGACUAUCAGCGGAACAAGAAGCAAAACACUCUUCCCAGGCCCGAGGUCGGUAACCUUGGCCCUCUGUACUACCUCUCUAUGGGGUUCGGAGCUGACGGCGUCACCUCCAUGAAAACAGGGGCCGAGCCCGAGGACUGGAUCGGUCCCUCAACUCAGAGGUACGCUGUAGGCAACUUUGAAAAUGACGGCCUCGAGCGCUACAAGGUGAUCCUCGACGCCCACAAGAACUUCCGACCUCCAUUCCCGGCGAAGCCACCCCAUGGCGCUCAGGGUGGUCACCUCCUCGCCAAACAGAAUAUGGGAGGCAUUGGACGGAGCGAGCUCAGGGAGAUGAUAAGCGACAUGUGGCCCGGAUACCAAAACCCUUGCCAGUUUUAUGCUUACCACAGCCUCGUCGUCGAGUUGGAAAAUGAGCUGCCAAAGAACCCUCCAGUUCAAGCUGCAUCUUUCGGUAGCGCUACGAGGUCCAACCCAGGUUCAGGUACGCCUGGGGCUCGGACUCGACGGCCUCUAGGUGAACCGGUCAAUCCGCCUAAGCGGCCAGCCCGGGAACGGACAGGCUGGAGCCCACCUAAACUGAGGCCACCCAAACCGAAACUCCCUAUAUCCACGUACGGUUCUCAGCCGGAUGUUGACGCCGACUUGGCUCAACGUCGGGCUGGGCGUCGGCAGCGCCACCAGCCUGCGAACAACGACGAAUAUGCAUUCGGACGGUCCAUGAAGCCGACCGUGGGCAUUUCCCCGGAACCGCCUGCAAAUGCCCGUCGGGUCAUCCUCUGCCGCAGCAACGUAUCUUCAGGCCGCGCGCCCCAAGAUGCCAGAGCCGCCGACAAUGCUCCCUUUAACCCAUUUCUGGGCUUCACGAUGAAGGGGAAAACAAAGGUGCGGUACAACACCAAAUCCAGGAACUCGCGCUGGAAGGUCUUUAACCCGCUCGAGCAUCUCGACAUGUCGCACUGGCAUGUUGCCCGUCGUCAUCGAGACAGCAGCAAGACUCAUCCUCGCGUCUUCAACAUGGCUGAAGGUCAAAAACUCCCUGUGCCCUUGCGUGACGUUCUCCGCGAUGUUCCUCGCGAGGAAGCCGAAGAGCGGAUCAUAGAGAGGUGCGUCGAGCCCAACGAUGGUGGUUUUGGUUACUGCAGCAGAGAAAACUCAUUUCGAAUAAAUUGCCAGAGUCGUGCCCACAGCAACACGCCGCCGUACAAGUUCCCCGUCUGUAACCAAUGUCAUGUCGCCAGCAUAAACGAUUUGUUUCGCGAAGGAAACAAGCCCAUCACGAGGAAGGACCUGAUCGGCAUGCGCGCAUAUCUAUGCCAUGACUGCGCCGGGCACAUCAGCAGAAGAGCCCUGAACGUGCUGGACUACCAUGAUGCUGGGGCUCGUACCGUUCACGGCACAUAUGCCAACAACGACGCGCCCAAGGGCAUAUAUAACCUGGACGACGAUCCAGACAAUGCCGUCGAGUUCAGGCGAAACCCAAAGCCCGGUACUGGCUGCUUCUGCGCGGACAAGGUCCUUGGAGGCUGGCUCUGCCGCUACCACCGGCUAUACUACGCCGAGGAGAUGCUUAAGCAAUCCAAGCUAGUACAUGAGUGGCGGCUCUCAUACUUCAAGAAGCCCGUCUGCCCCGGGUGCCUGGCAAACAAGCCGCUCGAUGAAGUCAAUGUGUCGGCCGACCACCACAACUUUGAGGAGGGUGGCCCAACGGCGUGGGCGUGUCUGACGUGUAGCGAAUGGGUUGUGAACCAGGAGAAUGACGACCACAACAGGCCCGAGGUUGUGAAAGGGGCGCUGAGGACUGCUGAGCGGAUAACUGAUCUCCUCGCCAGGGUCAUCGAGCCUCCUGAUGAUGUGGAGAUGAGUAGCGGAGGGGUUGUGAACCAGGAUAAUGAAGAGUACAGCAGGACCAUGAUGCCUACUGGUUUUCUUUCCACGGUUAUCGAGGUUGAUGAUGACGUAGAGAUGGAGGAUGGCUAA